AUGGUGUGGCUAAUCGCUAGUGCAUUAGGACCCUUACUUGCCCCUUGCCACAGCGAGGCUGGGCGGGCCUCAGUUGCUAUAAGUCCACCGCGCGGGGCGGAUGUGCCCCAGCUUCACUUACCUCGUGUUCCCGCCUUUCGUAACCUGUCUACACCAGAUAACAAACCGCCCGCAAUUAUAUUGGACAAUGGACAUCGUGUCACUAAGAGAUAA